ACGCACACGUCCCAGCGAUGAGAUGGAGUGAAGACUUUAACCGUCUCCUCUUUGCCUCCUCUAAACUCUCCGAGGGAGCUUGGAAAAUGAGCAGGGCUGGAAGACUGGGGAAGUCUUUCUCCAGCCGGGCUGCGUAGCAAGCGGGAGGCCAUGUAUCCCUCCGCCAACUGCUCCAGCCUGCCCCACGGAGACCUCCCCGCGCAGCUGGACUACCAGGAUCUGUGCAACCAAAGCCAGCAGGACGCUGCCCUUAGCCACAUUGACCCCAAGGACUUGAACCUGACGGUGGAGCAGCUGCAAGACAAAUACCUGGGCCCCCGGAGAUCCAGCUUCUUCAUCCCAGUCUGCGCCACCUACCUGCUGAUCUUUGUGGUGGGGGCCAUCGGCAACACGCUGACCUGCCUGGUCAUCGUGCGCCACCGGUUCAUGAGGACACCCACGAACUAUUACCUGUUCAGCCUGGCUGUCUCUGACCUGCUGGUGCUGCUGCUGGGGAUGCCGCUGGAGCUCUACGAGAUGUGGAGCAACUACCCCUUCCUCCUGGGCGCUGGGGGCUGCUACUUCAAGACGUUGCUCUUUGAGGCCGUCUGCUUCGCCUCCAUCCUCAACGUGACGGCGCUGAGCGUGGAGCGCUACAUCGCUGUGGUCCACCCUCUCAAGGCCAAGUACAUGGUGACCAGGAAGCACGCCAAGCGGGUCAUCGUCACAGUCUGGGUGUUGUCCGUGCUCUGCUCCAUUCCCAACACCAGCCUGCAUGGUAUCCAGCCCCUCUAUGUGCCGGGCAGAGGGGUGGUGCCGGACUCGGCCAUCUGCACCCUGGUGAAACCCCGCCUGAUCUACAACCUCAUUAUCCAGAUCACCACCAUCCUCUUCUUCUUCCUGCCCAUGGGCACCAUCAGCAUCCUUUACCUGCUCAUCGGGCUGCAGCUGAAGAAGGAGAAGAUGCUGCAAGCCCUGGAGGCCAAAUCGGGCGGGGACUGCGACUACCACAAUGUCCGCAUGCAGCAGCAGAAGAUCAGAAGGAGGCAGGUGACUAAGAUGCUGUUCGUGCUGGUUGUCGUAUUCGGGAUCUGCUGGGCACCCUUCCACACAGACCGGCUUGUCUGGAGCUUCGUCUCCCACUGGACGGGCCGGAUGCUGCACAUGUUCCAGUAUGUCCACAUCAUCUCCGGGGUCUUCUUCUACCUGAGCUCAGCCGCCAACCCCAUCCUCUACAACCUGAUGUCCACGCGCUUCCGGGAGAUGUUCAAGGAGGUGAUGUGCCACAGGUGCCUGAGGAGGCUGGGCUCCAGGAAGUACUCGCCCAGCGUCACCCGGAUCACCACCCGCAGCACGGUGUGCGAGCACAUGCCCGCCGGCAACGGGCUGCCCCUGUCCAACGUGGAGGAGGAGGAGAUAGGUGUGGAGGGGGAGGAUGCCCUUAAGCUUGAGACGUCCUUCCCCUGAGGACACCGCCAGGGCCUUCCCCGCUAGUCAGGCUCCUGGAGGGACACAACGACUGCAAGGGGGUUGGGAAGACCAUGUCCAGUGUCUAGUCGCCUGCUUAUGUCACCUGUCGCUGUGCCACCCGCUAGCACUGCCCUGGCGUUACCUCCACUCCCACCCCUUGUAAGCCGAACUCUCCAGGGGCUGCGCCAUGGCACGAGGGUACGAGCGCAGGCAGAAAACCCCCAAACUUUGGGUUCAGAGAGGUCAGAUAUUAACUCUUUGCGGGCUGGGGUCCCACUCCACAGGCCAUGCCUUUGCAGCCUCUUGGCCUGGGAAUAGGUGGUGGUGCCAUCUGGCUGCAGGUUGUUGUCUGGUGUGUCUGGCAGUGCCGGACCGGCUUAAUGCUAGGAGGGAUGCAAACAACAAGAGAAAGGUUGGUGAGAGGCAGGUUGUCUCCACUGAUCCCAGCUUCUUCCCUGUGUAGGGCAUCGGGGACUGAAACAGCUUGGUCCGGAGGUUCAGACAUGGCCACGGAACUCAUAGCAAAUGCCUCUGUAAUUCAGAGGGCUGGGCCCUGGUCACAGGCUAACGCUGCCAUCCGGCUGCCUGAGUCACAGGGCAACAGGUUUCCCCCCCACCUCCCUCCUGGGAGAAGUCUCCCCGCUAAUCCUAGCCUGAGGCUCCAGCCUGGCUCUGCCGACGUGCCGGCCUGCGCUGGCCACCCACAGCCGGGAGCCACAGGUGCAGCGUGGCAUGGUGGCAUCGUGGCAGGGUCAUGCUGGGCUACCCGGCCAGGGGUGACAUUUCAGUUACAACGAGGCUGUGUCGCCAUGUCACUCAGAAGCCAUCACUGCGUGCCAGCCUCAUUCACCCUCCUCCCCUGGUCCCACUCCCCCCCUCCCCAGGCCUUCUCCUCUCUUCCCCGCACCUUCUACCACCACACAACAAUCCCUCCUCCAGGCUGUCCCAAGCCAAUACCCCCCUCCCAGUAGCCCUCGACUUUCUCCAGUAAACUGGUCCCCACUGGGUGCCCCCAAUUACCCACAAACCCCCUUGUUCCUGAGACAUGCAGGGAAUCAGUUCCCAGCAUUGCCAGCUCCAGGCCCCCCAAAUUCAUCUGACUUUAAAAAAAUACUAAAUGUCGUGGUCUGUUUCCCUACCUCCUGGUGCUGGGACUUUUAGGAGUCCUGGCCCCAUGUUUUCUCCACACCCACAUGGGCUACAGACUAGAAAACAAGAGCUGAGAUGCUCCCAGAAUCCCAGGACUCCAGGAGCUGGGGCUUUCAGAAAGAUGGCAGAUAUCAAGGGAGUUGGCCGUGCUGGGUUCUGGACACCCCUACUCCUGCUGUCCCUGGGGAGGAGGGAGAGGACCAAGAGGUGGAGGAAAUCAGCAGAGAAAUGCCACGCAGGGAGCAUGGCAGGAUGCAGAUGCAGGAUCUCCCCCGCAGCCCGUGGGUUUGAUGUGCUGUAGCUGAGGCAUCAACACCCCCAUGUGGUGUGGUGCAACCCCUCACUCCCCCUACGUGCCUGGGCAAGGCUGUGGCAGGACCUUCACUCAGGCACCCCCCAGCGAGGCGCGGAGAGCUCAGUUUGACACACGCCACACCUGGCUGCCCUUGCUUUCCCCUUCUGCCCACCAGGGAGGGACUGUAAAAAGUCAGAGUGAAAGGGCCAUGGGGCCUGGCCUGGCUGAGUGGCAGAGGCCAUGAUGGAGGCGAGGAGGGCUGGUUUUACUCCGUCCCCAGUGAAGAAGGAAGAGCUGUUGUGUGAGGCUGACUCACCCUUUCCCUGGCUGGCUCCUGUGUGUUGGAACGUGUGAGCCAUGGAAGAUAACUCACCCUCCCCACAUAAACAUGGGAACCUCUCCUGACAACAGAGAUGUUUCUUAUCCGUGUGCUAAGAGCUGACACAAAGUGCAGUGCUGGCACCUGCCCGGCUGUGGAGCAGAUGCUCUCUCGCUCCCUCUCCACUUCCCUUUCUUCCUUUCAGCACCUCGUCCCGGACCUUCCCCAGUGCAGCAGCCUCUCCUCCGACAUCGGCAACUACCCCGGGCAAUCCAUGCUGUGGCGAAUUCGGGGGUUUUCUAUCUGUGGGUCUCUCCGAUGUGCAUGAGCUGAUUGUCACUUAACUUGAGAAUUAAAAUAAACCCACAACUAUU